AUGGACGACGCCCUAACGCGCAAACGGCCGCGACCGGUAGUUUCAUGUCUGCGAUGCAGAGAGAAAAAGCUCAAAUGCGAUCGAGUGGCGCCGUGCCAAAAUUGCAUUAAAGCCGGAUGCCCUGCAGGCUGCUUUUACGAUCCGGGCGCACCCUUCCACUCCCUCUCACAAGCAAAGCGAACCCGACAUGAUGACGAUAUCCACCGAGAACGAGAUUUACAACCCGGAAGCCGGCAUGGAGCAGCUAUAGGCAUCAUUGAAGAUUUGCAACAAAGAGUGAUCCGAUUGGAGGAGCAGCUUUCAAUUGUUACUCAACCUGCCUGCCUGCCUGGAGCCAAUUCCCGCUCGGCCUUCGAACAUGGUAGGAGCAGCCAACAGAUCGGGACCAGCCUCACUCAAUCAUCCUAUUCGGCACCUCAAGCCGGAACUAUUCUGGUCAAGGGUUCGCGAACCCGAUACCAAGGGCAGAACAGCCGACUUAUCUCUCUGAACCAGUUUGGAGAGGCUAAAGCUUUCAUCGGCCAAUGCACAAAGGAUCCGACUCUUCUGCGGUUGGCAAAGGACGUGCAGUUCCUUCAAAACAAGUCGGAAUGGCCAAUGGUCUCGUCAGAAUCAAAUUCGCAUUUGGAGAGUUCUCCAGAGAUAUUGCAACUCCGGAUUAGUCUUCCCUCAAAAACGAUUUGUGAUAAUCUUUUGGACUCAUAUGCCAAGAACUUCGAGAAAGCUCUCCGGAUUCUGCAUGUUCCAUCCUUUCAACGCCGAUACACGGAGUUUUGGGAUGAUCCUGACCAUGAAAUCUAUCAUUCGUCGGCAUUUAUUCCUCAACUUACAGCAGUCCUCGCCGUGGCAGUCUCGCUUGAGGACCAUAAUAUGAAACUCGGCAAUCCUUCCGCUUGGGAAUAUUUGAAGUUGUCAGCUGUGAAUCUUAUUCAAGAAUGGCACCGAAAACUCAGUCGCAAGCAACGGACCGAGCUUGCCACAUUACAAGUUGAAGCACUUCUAAUAUUAGCGAGACGUCUGCAACAAGUAUCGUCCGAAGAGGUUUGGAGGGCAUCGGGAACACUUGUUCGCUCGGCAAUGGCGAUUGGCCUGCACGUAGACCCUUCCACCACGCUUGAGAUAUCUGCUUUUCAAGCCGAGAUCAGGCGCCGACUGUGGAUCACAAUCAUGGAAAUAGACCUACAGACAUCUACCGAAUCGGGCAUGCCCGUUAUGACCCCUGGAAUGAAAUUUGGUCAUAUCACCCUUGCCAAUAUCGACGAUUGUGACUUUGACGAAUCAACCACCGAAAUUCCCGCUUCUAGACCAUUGCAUGAAUGGACAGAUUCUUUGAGCCAGAUUACUCUGUUUGCAUCUUUGCCUCACAGGAUGACGGCUAUGUCUUGUGUGGGCAACGGGAGCUCGGAAAUUGAUUUCGACGAGUUGCUUAAGCAUGGUCGGCAACUGGAAGCGUGCCUGCAACAAAUCCCAUCGCCAUUGAAAAUGGAUUAUGUCCCUCCAAAGGACAACGAGCCCGGUUUCCUACUGAACCGCGUCUUGUUGGAUGUUUAUACCCGGCGACCACUUCUUUGUCUCUACCAGUCUUUAGCCAGGGAAGGGGACUGUGAUAACCCGGCCUUUUCGGAAAUUCAGCGAGUGUGCCUAGAAUCAUCAUUGGUUACGCUAUCCUUCCAGGACUGUUUUGAUCCGAAUGUGGCUGACCUAGACGUAUUCCACUCGAACGCGUACUGGGACAUUUUCCAAAUUCUCUUCAAAUCUGACAUAUUAUCGGCCGCCUUGAACGUUUGUGGAUAUUUGAAAUCGGCACAUGCGCCUGAGCAAAAUCGUUCAGUUGUCCCUAGUGCAGGAGGCAUAGUGUAUACGAAAGCCAGCCUGACCCGCACCGUUGAAAAUGCCCUCGACGGAUUGACUCGGAAGAUUGGAGACACAGGGAACAGCUUCAAGGAUGUUUUUCUUCUUGCCGUUGUCUUACAAUCCGUGCGAGCUCGCGGACCAGCCCCCGCAAAAGAGCGCGGGAUGUACGAAGGAGCCAAAAAUGCCCUGUUAAGGUGCCGACAACACCUACUUCCAGAUUUUGGUGAGCAAUCGCUUGGCUUGGACUCGUUGCAUACCAGGCAUGAGGGUCAGUCAAGCAAGUUAAUGCUCACCUCCGAAGCCGAACCGCAACCUACGUCGGAGUCCCAUCCUGAAAUGUCUGAUGCGACUGAUCAGUUAUCCACGCUGGCCGAAUUCAAUUUAUUUCAAAGCGAUCCGUUUCUCUUGGGCUUAGAUGGAUCAUUUGCGUGGGAUCCCUAG